AUGUCAGAGACGGCAACUAUCAAGCCCAAUAAGUUCCCGCCUGAGGUUCUGGCGCGUAUUGCGCCGGACGUGUUGUUGCAGAAGUAUUUGCAAGUCGGUGUGCGGCCGUCUUUGCGCAAGUUCGACGAGUUCAGACCGGUUCAGAUAAGCCGUGCUGGUGUGGGAAGGUACGAAUCUGACGGAAACGGCGACAUAAACAAGGUUGGCAGCAUUCUGGGAUCGUCGAUUGUAAAAUCAGGCUCUACCACGGUGAUCUGUUUGAUCAGCGGUGGGAUAGUCGAAGAUAGUUUGGAGUUGGUGAAUGAUUAUAGAACAAAGCUUGAAAAAGACAUAAUAGACGGAGAAACAUACACCGAGUCGAAGAACACAAGCGUUUACACGGAGGUUGAGAUUUCUCGUGGACGAAGUGGGCCACCUAAUGAGGAGGAAAUUUGUUUGUCACAGCAAUUGUACGAUACCGUCUACCAUUCGGGCUUGAUUGAUAGAGAAGCACUCAAGAUUAAGCUGGGAUAUAAAGGCGACCAGCCAUUGGAUUCGGAUUUCAUGCCGCAGAACAGCUACUCGUUCGUGCUCUAUGCGACGAUCCAGGUGUUUUCAAGAACUGGCCCCGUGUACGACCUGUGCUAUGGUGCUCUGGUGUCUGCUCUGCGUGGCACCCGUCUUCCUGCCGUUUACAUUGACGAGAAAAGAACCGAGGUUGGUGUCCGGCGGGUGCGCACCGAGGAAUACGACCUGAUCUGCGAGACCGAGAAAAGCUCUCCGUUGCAACUGAACCAGGACAAGCUUGGUUGGGGGUCUACUUUUGGGCUGGUGCAACUCGACAAAGAUAUUCCACGUGACCAGGACAAGAUGGAAAUAGAUACCGACGACCGAAUUUUGCUUGCCGACCUGGAAGGUGAGGCCGAGGAAGAGAUCGGUACGCGGCUGGAAGUCGGUAGCAACGGCAAGUCGCUCAACAGAUUGACAAUCUACAAUGUGGGGAAGAUCAGCAAGCAAGACUUGCAACAAGCAAUUGCAUUAGAUCUUCUUCUUGGACGAUCUGAGGUUCCGUUGUCUAGGAACAGCCAAUGGGGAACCUGUGUUGGAGUCGUAGUUGGACUGGAGAGUUUUUCUGUCCAAGUAAACGUAUUCGUUGACCUUGGCAGCAACACCACCUCUAACUCUUUGGACAACCUUGGACUUCUUGGAGCUCUUCUUGUAGACCUCGAUGUAGAAAGCAAUGAACAGAACCAGGUAGGACGAGAUAAUUGCACAUCCGCUGAAAGUUGCCAGUGGUGUUCCUGCGCAGUCUCCACAGUGGGGCAGGGAAGGAUAGAAGUUGUGGACGACUUUCUGGUAGGUGGCGAAAUAAAUAAACGAGAGAUCAAGGAUGAAUUGCAGAAUCUGGAAUCUGGUGACCCAUUCUUUCCACCAGACGCGGAUUCCUCUGGCUGCCAGGAAGUAGUACCAGUACAUGACCACGUGAACAAACAGGUUCAAGGUGAUGGGAACCCACGAGAUGGAGGUCAGACCGAUAAGCUGUGUGUAGCACAGCAAAGCGGUGGCACCGUGGUGGUAAGUGUGGAGGAAGGUGAGUUUUUUCUGUUUCACCACCAAGAACAACGUGUCGAUGAACUCGGUGAACUUUGUAAGGUAGUUCAAGUAGUAGAGUACGACCAUUUGCUGGGUCCAUGCACCGUGAUCACAGAUGGCGUAGUAGAGGCCGUGGGUGUGGAUCAUAGGGAUGAGUUGCUCGGUCAUCAAAACAACAAGAGUCAACGACAACGUGGUCAAGAACAGGUUGUGGAUCUGGAACAGUCCGUUCAGAACAAGAGGUUUCCACUUGUUGGCCUUGAUCACGGCGGAUCCACCCAAAAUCACAAUGUAGUACACGGCAAUCGCGCUAAACACAGGGAUCGGAGUGGAGAAAAAGGUCUGGCCCGCCUCGAAGUGGAACUGGCUUGGAACAAACCGGCCACCGGUCAGCUGGGCGACAAACACGUCAAAGUAUCCAAACAAGUACACGCCGAAUGGACGCUCAAAACUGGGCACGGGAAGCGAAGCGAGUGA